AUGAUUCGUAUCAUUGCUGUCCUACUGAUGCUCUGCGUUGUCACGCACUGUUGCCCAUCUGUUGUCAGCAGGUCCCAGUGGGGCGCAAGGUCUGUUAAUUGCCACAGCUGGAUAAGAAAACCUGUUGGUUAUGUAAUAAUCCACCACUCAGCUGGUGCUUUCUGCAAUUCACCGUCUACUUGCAGCUCACAGGUCCGAAAUAUACAGAAUUAUCAUAUUAGAUCUAAUAAAUGGUGUGACAUCGGAUACAACUUUCUAAUAGGAGAAGAUGGGAGAGUGUAUGAAGGUCGUGGGUGGCAUGCUGUUGGUGUUCAUGCUAGAAAAUAUAACCCUAUAUCAUAUGGAAUAUGUUUCAUAGGAACCUUCACCAAUCGGAAUCCCAGCAUUGCAGCUCAGAAUGCUGCUAAGAGCCUUAUACGUUGUGGAGUUUCCAGAGGUUUCAUCAGAAGGAAUUACAAUCUGAAAGGGCAUCGGGAUGCAAAUCCUACAUCCUGCCCCGGGAACACCUUUUACAGAACCAUAAAAUCUUGGCCGCAGUAUAGGGCCUGA